GAGAGAGAGAGAGAGGGAAGGCGAGAGGUAGACGGAGAUGCACACUCUGACUCGCACAGCCGGUGGCACUGAAGUCAGUUGUAGCAGUGAAAUAAAACACAACCCUGGACUGAAACCUGGGACCCUGAGACAAGAAGAACAGCACGGGUGACAGGAAAUAUGUCCGAUUCCAACGUUCAGUCCAAGAAGGCCGGCAUCCGGGCUGCUGUCAUCCUUAUUGGACUACUGCACAAGUCCAGGAGGCACAAGGAGAGAGAGAGGGAAAGAGAGAGAGAGAAGGAGAGAGAGAAGGAGCGGAAACAAGAGCUGCUGACAAUCUCAAACGUUCCUCUGGGAGAAUGUCCACCAUCACCGCCACGCACUGCGCCACCCACCAUGAAGUCUGCCGAGUUCUUCGACAUGCUGGAGAGGAUGCAGCUUCCUAAAUAUGAGGAAACUAAGAAGCACAAGGACGACUACAUCCCAUACCCCCGGAUAGAGGACGUGCUGGAAAAGGGAGGACCGUACCCUCAGGUGAUCCUGCCGCAGUUCGGAGGUUACUGGAUCGAGGACGCAGAGGCUCCUCUGGGAACCCCGACGUCCUCAGACAGCAGCUUCUGUGAGGAAGAAGAGGCCGAAGGCACGGGGGCAUGUGGAGAAGGCGGAGGAGGAGGAGGAGGAGGAGGAUACAAGCUGGAGAGCAACAGCACAGCACGAGCGUACCGCAAACACUUUCUCGGAAAAGAGCACAUGAACUAUUAUUGCACAGCCAGUAGUUUGGGAAACCUCAUUAUGUCUUUAAAGCACGAGGAGGCUGAAGGUCAGGAAUUCCUCCGUAUUAUGCUCAGGUCAAAGACAAAGACACUUCAUGACAGGAUUCCACUGGAGGGCCUGCACCAGCUGCCCAGUGUUCCUCAGAUCGCCAAGCUGCUUUGUGAUGAUGUCACAGGUCUGAAGUUUAACCCCGUCCUGUACCCGAGGGCCUCGCAGCUGAUAGUCGGCUUCGACGAGCACGAAGUCAAUAACACCUUCAAGUUCGGGGUCAUCUAUCAGAAGUUUGGGCAGACGUCUGAAGAAGAGUUGUUCGGGAAUAAUGAAGAGACACCAGCGUUCGCCGAAUUUCUCAGCGUGCUGGGAGAUAACAUAGAGCUGCAGGAUUUUAAAGGGUUCCGUGGUGGUCUGGACGUGUCUCAUGGACAAACAGGAACUCAGUCGGUCUACACUGUUUUCCGAAACCGAGAAAUCAUGUUCCACGUAUCGACUAAACUUCCCUUCACUGAGGGAGACGUCCAGCAGCUGCAGAGGAAGAGACACAUCGGGAACGACAUCGUAGCUGCGGUUUUCCAGGAAGAACCCACUCCGUUUGUACCUGACAUGAUCGCGUCCAACUUCCUGCAUGCCUAUGUGUUAGUGCAGGCUGAAAACCCCUGCACUGACCACACCACCUACAAGGUUUCCGUCACGGCUCGAGAAGACGUCCCGCCGUUCGGUCCUCCUCUACCGAAUCCUGCCGUUUUUAAAAAGGGCCCUGAGUUCCGUGAAUUUCUGCUCACGAAACUGAUCAACGCCGAGAACGCUUGCUACAAGUCUGACAAGUUUGCCAAGCUGGAGGGAAGGACGCGAGCAGCUCUACUGGAUAAUCUCCAUGACGAGCUGCACAGACAGACCCAGGCCACAAUGGGAGUGGGAUCGUCCACAGGAGAGGACAAACUGGAGAACGGAGGCCAUGGCGGUCUGCUGGAGUCCUUUAAGAGGGCCAUGCGGGUGAGGAGUCACUCCAUGGAGACGAUGGUUGGUUCUCACAAGCACAAAGCUGCAGGAGGAGGAGUACCAUCCAGUAUGAGUGGAGGAGGGCUUCCUCAGAGCAGUGCUGAGUGCACAAAGAGUACCUUCACGCCUCCAGUGCUGUCGGCUAAAUCUCCUAUGAAGAGUCCAGUUAAACGCCGCUCAGGCUUGUUUCCCAGACUGCACUCGAGCACAGAGAGCCCUACUGAGAGACUUCCAGGACGCAGCGAUCACAAAGCAGCAGAUGUAUUCCCACACUCCCAGGAAGUAAGGUCCGAGACUUCAUCUAAUCCAAGCUCACCAGAGAUCUGCCCCAACAAGGAAAGACCUUUUGUGAAGCUGAAGGAGUGCAGCAGCCGGAGCAACAUCUCCCGCUCGUCAUCUAGCACCAGCAGCUUCAGCAGCACGGCUGGAGAGGGAGAUGGCCUGGAGGAGCUUGACCUGACAGGAAAAGUCAAAUUUCACCUAAGUCAAACCUGAAGUUUCAUUCUGACGAGCUGUGCCAUAUGACUACAGGGCAUUGAGAGAGACGGUAGAAACUGCAGAGAGAAAGCAGGCAGCGUAGCUUAACUGGAGCCAAGAGACUUUCUGUCAAAGCGAGAAGGGACCAUCUGCUGUACGCAACGCAACCACCUUCAUCACUGCUGUCCAACACACACCUUUAUAACCUACACACACACACACAAACACGUACGUGCGGCCGACGGCAAGAUGCCAAAGCAAGUCUUAAGGAGAGAAGGCCGUCAUGGAGACUGUUUCGAUCCUGUGAUGUGGUCAAAGUUGCUUCUCAUCACACAGGUAGCAGAUAACGUGCAAAAAAAAAUCAUAAUAAUAAUAAUUUGCAUAAUAACAAAUCAAAUCAGUGCCACCAGUUUUUGAUACGUCAACGAUACAUUCAAGAAGAGGCAUGUGAUGUACGUGUCGUAUUUCUUUGAUAACGUGACAGUGGCUUCGUUUUUUUUUAGUUCAUUGUGAUGAUGACGUGUGUGAUACGUAAUAACGAAAAACACAAGAUACACGGUACAGCAGAGUUAAGAGUCUGUUCCAAGCCAUAAUGCAGAUUCACUUCAUUUAUUAUUAUUAUUAAUUGUACUUGUAUUGUAUAGCCCUGCCUUACUGGUAAAUAGAGUAUGAGAGAGAGUGUGUGUGUGUGUGUGUGUGUGUGCGUGGUGGUCUGGGAAAACCCUUCAUACGAUGAAAUGUUACUACACUGAAAACUACAAUCACUAAAUGCUUGCUUCCUUUGAUACGGCACAUACACUAUGUUGCCAUAAGUUUUGGGACGUCUGCCUUUACAUGAACAUAAAUGUAAUAUGGAGUCGUCCUGCCCUUUGCAGCUAUAACAGCUUCAACUCUUCUGGUCGGCUUUCCACAAGGUUUAGGAGUGUGUUUAUGGGAAUUUUUGACCGUUCCACAAGAAGUGUAUUUGUGAGGUCAGGAACUGAUGAUGGACGAGAAGGUCUGGCUCACAGUCUCCGCUCUAAUUCAUCCCAAAGGUGUUCUAUCAGGUUGAGGUCAGUUCCUCCACAUCAAACUCACUCAUCCAUGUCUUUAUGGACCUUGCUUUGGUCACUGGUGUGCAGUCAUGUUGGAACAGGAAGGGGUCAUCCCCAAACUGUUCACACAAAGUUGGAAGCAUAUAAUUGUCCAAAAUGUCUUCAUAUGAAGCUGAAGUAUUAAGAGUUCCUUUCACUGGAACUAAGGGGCCAAGCCCAAACCCUGAAAAACAACACCUGAAUCCAAAAAUUUAGAGGGGUGUCCCAAAACUUUUGGCAAUAUAGUGUAGCUAAAAAAAACCUGAUCAAAGUCUGACGUUCCUUUGGCUAGCAAGGUUUCAGAUGUCGCUAGGUUGUGUAUUCUUACAGGUUUCUAACCUAACAUGAUCUUUGAUUAAUUAAAAAUUAAAAACAAAAGUCUUAUCCAUAUAUUUCUCCAAGCCUGCUUUUGGGAGAACAGAGCAAAAAAUAAGGAGUUAAUAUGAUCCGUAUAGUUGGUUAGUUAGCUAAUGUUAGCUGACUGUAGCAAGGAAUUAGCCACACCAGUCAGAGUUUGAUGUUGGUUAACUGAAACAAAUUAGUCUAGCAGUUUGUUAGUAAGCUAGCUAAUAUUAGGUAACGUUAGCUAAAUUAGCUGAUAUUUUACAUUAUGUUUAUGCUAGCUAGCUAGCUAAUCAACAUUAAGAGCUAAAAGAGAUUUUUAAGCUAUUGAAAUGUAUGAAUACAAACUAAUGACUAGCUAUGCUAAAGCACAAUUAGCAAACUGGUAAUCAAUGAGCUGUGCUAGUCAGACGUUAAUGCUUGCGAUCUAAAAUAAAAUAAAUAAAGUAAAUUUGCCAAUAUUUUGUUAGGAUGCCAAGUUAGCUAGCUAAUCACCAAGAAAAUAUCCUAUCUUGAUUAUUAUCAUGUAGCAUUUUCCUUACUAAUCUCUUGUAAAGAAAAGGUUUAACUGUUAUUAGGUUGAAAGUAUUUGUUUGUUUCUUAGCAAACAUGAUCUUUGCAGGAAAAAAAAGUCUAAAUUAAAAAGUGAAUACAAAAAUUUUGAACUUUCUAAACAUUUUUGGAGAAAUACAUGUUUAGCUUUUCGAAGUAGUAACAUUAGCUACAUGGCUAACUAAGAACAGCUGCACAACAGCUAAAUUAGCUGAUAUUUUCUAUGGGGUUUAUGCUACCUAGAUAAACAACAUUGGGGAUUUUUUUUUUUUUAGCAAUUAAAGCCAUAAAUACAAUUUUAACAUUGAAUAAAAGGUCAAACCACAAUUUACAAUUAAUUACAAGUAGCUAACUUACAAUUUAUCAGCUAGCUAAGGGCAGCUACGCCAGACAGAUGGAGAAAUAUAUGUAUAGUUUCUUGAAGUAGUGCUGCCUAAGUUUGCUAAAAACGCAAAACAACAACAAGACAUGACAUUUAUGAAAUUCUAAAGCGUAGAUAUUUUUCUAUAUUUUUCCCCCGAAGCGUGUGAUGAGUUUUCCUCGACCACCACGUACAAAUUUUUGCUAACAUGCUACUUUCUUGCCGUUCAGUCUUCACAGUUCCACCACUGUCUGUGACCAAGCUAGCAGAAUUUGUCAAAGGCUAAUCAUCUGGAACAGAUAUAUACGAUAGACGUACGCUGCCAAAUGUUCUUUAAACGUUCAGAACAAGCCCGAUUUGAAUGACUGAAUAUUGAAUCUUUAAUGCCAUGUUACUGAUUCUGACGGACGGAAGGCAAACUUAAUGUAACAGUAUAUAUAAAAUAUUAUUCUUGGAUCAUUUUUAAUUAACAAAGUACAAGCAGCCAAACACUACAGCACAGGUUUUUGGGUUUUUUGUUUUUUUUUGUUUUAGCAUAACCUACUGGUACAACACAAAAGGAUUGCUAAUUUGGCUGGACGACAAUUUUCUUCAGUUCAGGAACUAAGACAGCCUCACUGAUUCAAGUGAAAUAGCUUAACAGUGAGUUUAGCGCUAUGAAUAUUUCCUCAAAACUUACUAAAUUUCUUGUUCCGUUUGCUACAAGCUAGUUUGCUAUCUUUGUGGAUGUGUGCUAGCAAUUUUACCUCAGUUCAACGUAAUUAGCUCACUUCACUCAACUACAACUGAAUCAUUUUUACUCAGAACAAAGUAUAUUCAGAUAUCUAACAAAACUUUUUAAAUAGCGGAAUAACUAAAUAACAAAUUGGUUAAUUUUUCAGCUCUAAUAAUAUAAAUAUUAUUAAAAAAAACAAAACAACCACAAGUGUGAAAGAAGAUGCAAGAAAACACCUUUGCUAGCUUAUAUUAGCUAACUAAUCAACACCUAUGCUAAAAAAUCCAGCUAGCCUGGCCGAUCUGAUUAAACAAUUUGUAAGGGAAAAAGCAGCUAAUAUGAUUCCUUUAGUUCUGAGAUACAGAUGCUAUCUGUAUCUCAGAUUAAAUGCUAAUCAUCUGUAUCUCAGAUCAAAAUUACAGCCAGCUUCUUACAGGUAGCUAACUGUAGCCAAACUAGCUAAUUAGCAAGGAAUUAGCCACAGUAGUCAAAGCUUCAUGUUGUUUAACUGUAGCUAAUUUCCCUAGCAGUUAACAAAGCUAACAGAGAUUUAUUUUUAAGCUAAUAAAAUCAACAAAUACUAUUAAUAUUACAGCAAAACAUCUAACCACAGCCUUUUAUACCAAUUUUAAGGCACGAUGUUUGCUAAGAAUAUCUAGUCAAAUGUAAACUAUAGCAAAAUUAGCUAAUAUUUACUGGUAGUAUGCUGUGCUAGCUAGCUAACCAUCACAAACCUCUAACAGAGAGUGUGUGAGUGUGACGGAGGAGUGUGUGUGUGUGUGUUUGUGUGUGUGUGUUUCAGAGCUGAAAAUAUCCCACCUCGAUUCUUAUCCUGCCUUAUUCUUUCCUCUAGAAAAUAAGAAUCUUAUUUUGUCUCUGUUUUAUUGACCCCUUGACUUGAAUUGUACAUAUGCCAAAAAUAUAGUUCCAGCACUACGGUACUUUGUUUAUAUGUAAAAACAAACAAACAAACGUGAUGUGUAAAUGUUUUUUAUUUCUAUAAAGAGCAAGCAAAAAUAAAGCACUUUCUGACCCGUGUGAGAAAGCGGAAGGUGUGAAGGAACUGGUGUACGGCGUGUACGGUGUAACACUUUAACUGUAGCGAGCGCUACACGUGUGUGGAGUAGCAUUGCUACUGCUCAGGAGAUUUAGUUUGAUACUGACCUAAUUUAUUGCUUUUCAUGUCUGUAAAAUAGAACUGCUGAGUAAAACCGAGACGUAAAGAACUGCAGCUCAUUUCAAGAUUAUUCCUGUAUAUGUAUAUUUGGUUAUGUACUGUGCCAUUGAGAAUUUAUUAUGAAAUAAAAUGUUGUAUUUUGUG